GUCCAAUAAUUACCCAAUCUUUGAACGUGUCGAGUAGUCUGUGUCUUUGAAAAACAUAAUUAGAUUUUUAAUAUUAUUGUUUUUUUUUUAUUUUUUUUAAUUAGAUAAAUAGAAAUAACUUUAUUAUCUCUACAGCUAUUUGUUAAUACUGUAAUAGUAAUUUCCUAUAAUAAAAAUGGAGAACAAUUGUCUCACAGACAAUUCUGAUAUGGAAAGUAAUUUCGAUCCUAUUCAUGAUAUAAUUGAUUAUUUAGUUCGAUGCGCAAAAAUCUCCUUUAAAAAUGCUCGAAUCGAUGAAACAGAGGUAAGAACUACUGAUAAAGUACGUAUGGCUUACGAUUUAUAUCAGAGAUCACCUACUGAUUUUUUGAUACAAUUUGGAAAAUACUUGGCGCCUUACCACAUUGGUUAUUUUGAAACAUUGAAUCCUGUAAGUGAAAAGGAAAGAUUUCAAGAGUGCGUGACACAGUUAAAACAUUAUCAUUCAGAAGAAAGUAGACAUAAAAGAAUAAGAAACAGAAGGUAUAAAGCAUUACAGAAGUUACAAGAUGAAUCGGAUUAUUUUAGUGAAAAGCAAAUGAUGUAUCGUAAUCCCUUGUUAUAUGAACAGCUUAUAGGGCAAUAUUUAACUGAUGAAGAAAUACAAGAGCGAGAUGGUGUUGACAAUGAAAACCUGACUUUUUUGAAUAUGAUUCUUGAAACUGUGGACCGAAAUCAAAUGAGGGAAACCAAAAAUGAACAGAUGCUCACAGAAAUUAUCCAUGAUGGAUCAAAUCUUGGUAAAUCUGAUAAAAAGGAUAAUAAUAUAAAGCAAAAAGGUCAAAAGAAGUGGGGAGAUUUUGAUACACCUGACACAAAGCCUAGUUUCGUUCCAGAAACUAGAAAACAAGCUAUGAUAAGUUCUCCCGAAAGGAAUCUUUUGCGUGAAGAGUUUUUUCAAGAAAUGUAUAGUAGUUUUAUAGAGGGUUCAGAUACUGACAUUGAUUAUAGCACUAUAGACAAUGAUGAGCAAUAUGAUGAUUUGCAACAAUUAUCUCAGGAUGCAGAGGACAGAUAUUUUGACUCGGAACUAAAUGAUGUUGAAAAUUUAGAAGAACAUAUGAAACUUGUUGAACAAUAUGGGAAAAAAUCAAACAAAACAAAUGAAUGUGCUUUAGAUGAUUCAUUAGAUAUUUUUAUGAAACAUAUUUCUAAUAAAUUGAAUGUCAGUUAAUA